UGGGCUUUGAAAUUUUCCGUUCGAAAGGGAGGGUGAAGGAAGAGAAAAAGAGAAGAAAAAGGCUCUCUCCCUUCUCUUCUGUCUCUGUCACUUGUCUCCAUUUCGUUCUCUCGAUCUUCAAUUGCUCUCAGCCUUCAGCCAUACUCCCACCAGCAUUCUCCCUCGCUCUCCCACUCUUGAUUUCGCUCCGGUUUCUGGUUUAGUUGCAAAACACGCACACCCAAUUAGCUCAUUUCUUCUUUCCCUCUUUGUUUACUCUGAUCAUCUGAUGUUGGAGCUGCACCAUUCGGAAUUGGAAAACUGAACUUCUCUGGGUGGUGGGAGGGGUUUUUUCGAAAUGGGUCUUUGGAAUGUUCAUUGAAAAACGCUUCGUUAAACCAAUUUUAGGUGCUACCACCAUCAGAAUUCUAAGAGGGUGGGAAAUUUCUCACAUUUCAAUUCCUGUGAACUCUCAGAUUCUCUCCUCUGUUGGGGUCUAAGGAAAUUUGGAUACAACUGUAUUGCAGUUGAGAAACUAUGGAAAAUCCAGCUUCAACCUCGAUUUCAAGUCCUUCAACUCCCCGUUGGAACCUCGAGAGGCCCUUUCUCACUGGCCGUUUCCACCAGGAAGCAAAAACUACGUCUCGUUUUGCGGAAUUAAAGUUGGAUUCCUUCAGCAAUGGGGGGCUGGAAAAGGCCAUAGGCUGUUAUGAUGCUGCAAUUCAGGAACUUAUUGUAAUUGAUGAUCUCCUCUCUGCCCUGCUUGGAAUUGAGGGGCGCUAUAUUUCAAUUAAAAGAGUUCCUGGCAAAGAGAAUGAAGUUUCUUUCCAGGUUGAGGCAUCUAUGGAUUUGACUCUUCAGGAAUUAGCAAAAAGAAUAUUUCCUCUGUGUGAGAGCUUUCUGUUCAUUAAUCAGUUUGUUGAAUCAAGAUCUCAGUUCAAGAAAGGCUUAGUUAAUCAUGCCUUUGCUGCUGCGCUUAGAGCUCUCCUUCUAGAUUACCAAGCAAUGGUAGCCCAGCUUGAGCACCAGUUUCGACUUGGUAGACUUUCCAUCCAAGGAUUGUGGUUUUACUGUCAGCCUAUGAUGGGUUCCAUGCAAGCAUUAUUUGCGGUGACACGGAAGGUUUCGGCUAAUGAUAUUGCAGGUUCUGCAGUUCUUAACCUCUUGCAGAGCCAGGCCAAGGCUAUGGCUGGUGAUAAUGCAGUGAGGUCUUUGCUGGAGAAGAUGACACAGUGUGCAAGCAAUGCUUACCUUGGUAUAUUAGAAAGAUGGGUUUAUGAGGGAGUAAUUGAUGAUCCUUAUGGUGAAUUUUUCAUCGAGGAAAACAAAUCUCUGAGGAAGGAGAGCCUCAAUCAAGAUUAUGACACAAAGUAUUGGAGGCAACGCUAUAGUCUCAAGGAGGGAAUUCCUACAUUUCUCGCAAAUAUAGCAGGGAUGAUAUUGACGACAGGAAAAUAUUUAAAUGUCAUGAGAGAGUGUGGGCAUAAUGUUCAGCUACCUGCAUCAGAAAAUUCAAAGUUAAUGAGUUUUGGCUCGAAUCAUCAAUAUUUAGAGUGUAUAAAAGCUGCUUAUGAUUUUUCCAGCAGCGAACUAUUGAAACUUAUCAAAGAAAAGUAUGACCUGAUGGGGAAGCUGAGGUCAAUUAAGCAUUACCUUCUGCUUGAUCAGGGUGAUUUCUUGGUUCAUUUUAUGGACAUUGCUCGAGAUGAACUUUCAAAAAAGCUUGAUGAGAUUUCUGUAGAGAAGUUGCAGUCUCUUCUGGAUGUUGCCUUACGCACCACAGCGGCUGCAGCAGAUCCUUGCAAUGAGGACUUAACGUGUUGUGUGGAAAGAAUGUCAUUGCCUAAAAGUUUGCGUACACUCAAGGAUCUAGUUGACAGUAAGACUCUUCUCGACAUCAAUGAUCAGGAAGAACCCAUGGGCAUUACUGGCCUUGAGGCAUUUUCUUUAAGUUACAAGGUCAGAUGGCCAUUGUCUAUAGUUAUAUCAUGGAAAUCUCUAUCAAAGUACCAGCUGAUCUUUCGCUUUCUUUUCCACUGCAAGCAUGUGGAACGCCAACUUUGUUGGGCAUGGCAAGUGCAUCAGGGUGUUCGUUCCCUUAAUAUCCGUGGUACAUCCAUCUCAAGAUCAUCGUUACUCUGCCGUGCAAUGCUUAAAUUUAUUAAUAGCCUUCUACACUAUUUGACCUUUGAGGUUCUUGAACCCAAUUGGCAUGUAAUGCACAACCGGAUUCAGACAGCUAAGAGCAUUGAUGAGGUUAUCCAGCAUCAUGAUUUCUUCCUUGACAAGUGUCUCCGAGAAUGUUUGCUUCUGUUGCCGCAGUUGCUUAAGAAAGUGGAGAGGUUGAAAUUAUUAUGCCUGCAGUAUGCAGCAGCUACGCAGUGGUUGAUUUCAUCCUCCAUCGAUCUAUGCAAGUUAGAUGAAUCGUCAGAUAGCUUAAUUGGUUCCGAAAAAUCUAAGCAAUGGAAUGGAAGAACUCCCAAGGGAGCGAAACUAACCACUUCCAACUCAGCAGUCACCGAGUCUAUCCUUAAAUUUGAGAAGGAAUUCAACUCUGAGCUUCAGAGUUUGGGACCAAUUUUGAGUAAAAGCUCCCAGGCUGAGCCAUAUUUAACUCACCUUGCUCAGUGGAUUCUUGGCAUUGAAAUGACAAAUAGGUUCUGAAUUUCUUCCCUCAUGUAACUUUACAGAAUUGUUAGAGGUCUUAUGAACUUACAGGAUUUGUGAGAUAGGUUCUACAACUGUGCCCUUGAGUUCUAAGAAUUGCUAAAGGUCUAGAAGGCCAAAUGUUUUGAUUGUUACAGUUUGCUCCAUAUGUCUGUCUGUAUCAUCUUACCCUUUCUAGGAGUCGGGUUAUUUACACGGCGAUGUGGUUCAUUUUUACUUGUGAGCUGUUAGAAAAUUAACAAGUUACUGAAAGAAGGAACUUUCCUUUGUUUCCUGUAUGUGAUGGAGUUGAGGAUGAUCAAUAUUGGCUUCUCCUUUGUCUU